AUGUCAACGAUCGACCAAAAAAUAAAGAAUUCUUCGAGUGCUCGUCGUCGCGUUGCUAUUAUUGGUGGCGGCCUUGUGGGGUCAUUAUCCACAAUAUACUUCGCGAAACGAGGCUGGGAAGUUUUACUUUUUGAACUCAGAAAAGAUCCAAGAUUAGAAGAUAAGACCUCUCUUUCACAAAGAUCCAUAAAUUUGGCACUCUCGGCUCGAGGUAUAAGUGCAUUAAAGAAUGCCGGGUCAAAUCUGGAUGAGGUGGUGCUGAGUCAAGUUGCUCCCAUGAAGGGAAGAAUGAUUCAUAGAAGAAAAGGGGGGUUGUUGAGUCAACUUUAUGGUGUAUUUGGAGAGUGCAUAUAUUCGGUCGAUCGUGCAACAUUGCUUGGAUUGCUUCUAGACGAUGCCGAGAAAUCCGAAAACGUAAAAAUUUAUUUUGAACAUCAAUUGAAACAAUGUGAUUUCGAUGCUAGAGUGUUGGACGUAGAAAACAAGAACGAUGGAACCAUAUCCAAAUAUGAGGCAGAUCUAAUUGUGGGCGCAGACGGUGCAUACUCUACAGUCAGAUCCCAACUAAUGCGCGUUGUCCGAAUGAACUAUCAACAGGAAUUUAUUCCGCACGCGUAUUGUGAACUAACGAUUCCGCCUAAAAAAAAUGCGAAAGGUGAAUUCGAGUUUGCGAUGGACCCGAAUCAUUUGCAUAUUUGGCCUCGGCAUACUUUUAUGAUGAUUGCAUUGCCGAAUUUGGAUAAAUCCUUUACGUGUACUUUAUUUAUGCCAUACGAAAAAUUUGAUGCAAUCAAAACAGAAGACGAUUUGAUAACCUUCUAUCAAUUGUAUUUUACGGAUGCUAUUCCUUUAAUAGGAGAGCAAAAUCUUAAGAGAGACUAUUUUCUUAAUCCGAAAGGUUCAUUAAUUUCUAUUAAGUGCGAUCCUUAUAACUAUAAAGAUCGUGCUGUGAUUAUUGGAGAUGCUGCACACAGUAUGGUUCCAUUUUAUGGACAGGGUAUGAACUGUGGAUUCCAAGAUGUAGAAAUCUUGGAUAAAAUUUUCGAGCAACACAACAUAAACUCCCAAAAACCCGAAAUAAAUAUAAAUACAUUUAACACUAAUAGCGCAAAAGAACAAGAAAAUGAUGACAUGAAAUUCCGCAAAGAUCUAGAACGUGCACUUGACGAGUACACACGAUAUCGACACAUUGACGUGACAACAAUCUGUGAUCUAGCGAUGUACAAUUACAUCGAGAUGCGUUCUAGCGUGAUAAGUCCGAUAUAUAUAACGCGAAAGAAAAUCGAGGAAUGGCUGCACUGGUUGUUCCCGAGUCGCAUAAUUCCGCUGUACCCUAUGGUAAGCUUUACCGAUAUGCGGUAUUCGGACGCACAGCGAAGAUGGAAACGUCAAAAUUUUUUGAUAAAUGUGAUUGCUGGAUCGACUGUUUUGGCUACUUUUGCGGCGUUGGUGUUGGGAUUGAGGUGUGGAAGGUGCAAUAUUCAAAAUGUUAAUUAUAAAGAUAGCAUGGUGUCAAUCAUAAAGAAUAUUUACGAAAAAAUUUCUCGGAAAAUUUUUUAG